UCCCCGCUGUCUCGUCUCCGCGCCUGACCGGCAGCGCUUGUGUCCAGCCCAGUCCUCAGAAAGCCAUCGCGCUAGGGAACUGCCGCCAACAUGUCUCACUUGAUGGCAGAGGGAGGCAAGGCCACAAACACGGACGAGGCCACGCUUGCCAUGGCCCACAAGGUGUUCGCCGCUGAUGCCAAGGAUGAGGACAAGCGUGAUGAGGAGUCCCUAUUCGACGUGGCAGAGGACUGCCCCAUCCUCAAGCAGGAGCACCACGACCACGUACACCACGAUGACAACAUCGAGAAGAGGAAGAAGUUGAUGUCUCGUGCACGUGAUGUGCUCCUCGAUGAUAAGCCAUCCUACCUGGAGGUGCCUGACUUCCAGAGGGUGGCCAUCAUUGGAGACUUCGCUAACGGAGUGACCAUGGAUGACUUUGAGCUGGCCUGCAAGGGUGUGUACCGUGCCCUGAACAUCAGGGAGAAGUACAUGAGGUUGUGUAUGCAGCGGUUCCCCCGCACCGUCUCGCAGUACCUGUGCCAUAUCGAUGGCUCUACUUACAGCGAUGAGGACUUGGUGCACCCAGUCUUCACAGCUCCACCCAAGGAAGGUGAGGAUCCGUUUGAGACUAAGACCUUGCCCGAGGACCUGAACUACGUGGCGUGCAUGAAGGACGGUGUGGUACGUGCCUUCAAAGACAAGAAGGCUGCUGACAACAACCAACCCAUCAACCUGCCCUCCCCUGACCUCGCCACCUUUAUCGAUGACAUGAACUUCCUGAUCGCUCUCAUCGCUCAGGGCCCAACUAAGACCUACACUCACCGUCGUCUGAAGUUCCUGUUCUCCAAGUUCAACGUGCAUGAGAUGCUGAAUGAGAUGGAGGAGCUGAAGGAGCUGAAGAACAACCCUCACAGAGAUUUCUACAACACCAGAAAGGUCGAUACUCACAUCCAUGCGGCCGCCUGCAUGAACCAGAAGCACCUGCUGCGCUUCAUCAAGAAGUCCUACCGUGUGGAUGUGGACCGCACAGUGCACAAGAUCCAGGGCAAGGAGGUCACCAUGAAGGAGCUGUUCGACCACCUCAAGAUGCACCCCUACGACCUGACUGUGGACUCCCUGGAUGUGCACGCUGGCAGACAAACCUUCCAGCGCUUUGACAAGUUCAAUGCCAAAUAUAACCCAGUCGGCGCCAGUGAGCUUCGUGACCUGUAUCUGAAGACCGAGAACCACAUCGACGGAGAGUACUUUGCGAGAAUUAUCAAGGAAGUGGCCACUGACCUUGAGGAUGCCAGAUACCAGUAUGCCGAGCCCCGUCUCUCCAUCUAUGGCUGCAACGCCAACGAGUGGACCAAGCUCGCCGGCUGGUUCAACAAGCACAGGGUCUUCUCCCCCAACCUCAAGUGGAUGAUCCAAAUCCCUAGGAUCUAUGACAUUUUCAGAGCCAGGAACUUUAUUCCCCACUAUGGCAAGCUGCUGGAGAACAUUUUCCUGCCCGUCCUGGAGGCCACCAUCAACCCCCAUAAACACCCAGAGCUCAGCGUCUUCCUUAAGCAUGUCACAGCCUUUGACAGUGUGGAUGACGAGUCCAAGCACAGUGGCCACAUGUUCUCCACCAAGAGCCCCAAGCCUGAGGAGUGGGACAUCGCCAAGAACCCCUCCUACACCUACUACAUCUACUACAUGUAUGCCAACAUUGCAUACAUCAACCAGCUGCGCAAACAGAGGGGAAUGAACACAUUCCAGUUCAGACCUCACUGCGGAGAGGCUGGAGCCGUCACUCACCUGUUGGCCUGCUUCAUGACCGCCGACAACAUCUCUCACGGACUCAAUCUUAAGAAGAGUCCCGUGCUGCAGUACCUGUACUUCCUGGCCCAGAUCCCCAUUGCCAUGUCCCCCCUGAGCAACAACAGCCUGUUCCUGGAGUACGCCAAGAACCCCCUGCUGGAGUUCCUCAAGAAGGGCCUGGUCAUCUCCCUGUCCACUGACGACCCCAUGCAGUUCCACUACACCAAGGAGCCUCUGAUGGAGGAGUAUGCCAUCGCAGCUCAGGUCUUCAAGCUCAGUACCUGCGACAUGUGUGAGAUUGCCAGGAACAGUGUGCUGCAGAGUGGCCUGUCUAUCGAGGAGAAGACCCACUUCUUGGGCCCCAACUUCCUGAAGGAAGGCCCCGAGGGUAACGACAUCCGCAAGACCAAUGUAGCACAGAUCAGGAUGGCAUACCGCCUCGAGACCCUCACCUACGAGCUCAACCUCAUCAAGGAGUGCCUGAAGGAAAACUAGAUACUCUAGGCCUAUCACACAGCGACGAGGACUUGGUUUUUGGUCCGAGUUAGGCUAUCUCACUUACCCUGUAUGGAUGAGUUAUGCGUUUUUAAGGUACCCUAGACCGAACUUGAAAUGACAUUUGCCAACAUUUCAGAGAUAUGGAAAAUACCUCAAAUGAAAAUAAAGGAAUCUGGUUCAAAAAUCA